AUGCUCAAGGCUGUGACAAUCACCUCGACGGACAAGUUUGAUUCUGAGCUUCGCAAAUCUGUGGCCAACAAGGCAGCAGUCCCUGCAAGGCCAGAGCUCAACUGGGCCACGAUCGACGAGGCGUGUGAGAAGUGUGGCGUCAAGGAGACGAGGUACAUGGCUAUGCAGACUCGGGGCGCAGACGAGGGCGCGACAAUCAUGCUCUACUGCGUGGCCUGCGGUCAUCGGUUCGUGCAAACUUUCAAACAUGCCGCUCUUAAGUAUCACAACCAGUCAGCUGACAUCGCCUUAGGACGACGUACAACAACUGAGUUGAGGAAGGACAGCAACUACUUUUAUCACCUGGAGAAAUGGAUUCUGACGGCCCCACCCGGACCACAGCCAGUGAAGGGAAGUCCUGCCCUGCCAUUCGACGACCAAGCUUCGAUGGCUAUGAUGACACACAAGCUACCUAAGAAGCUCACCUUCAGCCAGAGUCUCGGUGCGUCCACACUGCGAUCGGACAACGGCAGUCGUCGUGGCGUUCUUCUGGGUAAUGACAGGUGGACUACGCAUCCCAAGGCCAUGUCACGAGAAGAAGACAAGACGUCUGUUGCAAGUCAAACGUCCACUACUACUCGUGACAUCAUUGUACGCGAGACCGCUAAAGAAACAGCAGAUCUGUGUGUUUCAUCAGGUCCGAAUCGCCGAAGGCCAGUUCUGACGGCACCUCUGGCCCCUCGAUGUAUCAUAUCGACUUUCCAGACAGCCCCAGCUGACAAAGCAGUGUCCGAGGGUCGAAUGGACAAGAUGGAAGCUGGCGAGACGCUGCUGUGCUCGUCCGGUUACAUUAGUAACGCACGACGCAUGAAGCGUAUGCAGUCACCUCCUGGCACGACUCUCGGCACUUGUGGUUCUGACUGA